UGUAGGUGGCAGCAGCCGACUCGAAUCAAGUGACUGAAAGACGCAGAGGAAGAAAAUAGUCUCGCUUAAAGACCCCGAACAACAACAAAAACCUGGGUUCAGUACUUUACCGGUUUGAAAACGCAAAGUUAUUGCUGCUUUUUUUUUUUUAAUGGGAGCAUAUAUAAUAAUUUUAAAAAAUGUUCAAUGAAAACUCUUCUGCGAGUGAAGCCGGUGAAGUCGCUUGUGGAGACGGAGAAGAGAAUGUGCCCGUCUGUGAAUCAAAGGAGCGGGGCUUUAAUGCUGCUCAUGAGACCCCCUCUGCCAGGUUUCUGCGGGCUGAACUGGAGCUGAACGCUCACCUCCGUGGCCUCCGCUUCAGCGACCCUGUCCGGUACAUCUACAACCCGCUGGAGUACGCCUGGGACACCCACCGCUGCUAUGUGGAGAAGUACUGUCAGGCCGGACAAAAGAUCCUGUUUUUGGGGAUGAAUCCCGGACCUUUCGGAAUGGCUCAGACAGGGGUCCCGUUUGGUGAGGUGAAGUCAGUUGUCGACUGGCUGAAGAUCACGGGGGAGGUCGGCCGCCCACAAAAUGAGCACCCAAAGAGACGAAUCACGGGGCUCUCCUGCACUCAGAGCGAAGUGAGCGGCGCUCGUUUUUGGGGCUUCUUCAGAAAAUUGUGCGGUGACCCGGAGGUCUUCUUCCAGCACUGCUUUGUGCACAACCUGUGCCCGUUAAUCUUCAUGAGCGACAGCGGGAAGAAUUUAACACCCCCCGAGCUGCCCGCAGCUGAACGGGAGGCCCUGCUGCGCCUGUGUGACAUUGCACUGUGCCAGGUGGUGGAGGCACUGAACGUUUCCAUGGUGAUUGGUGUAGGAAAGGUGGCAGAGCAACGGGCACGGCGGGCCCUGUCUGCUGCAGGUGUCAGUGUGCGUGUUGAGGGCAUCAUGCAUCCAUCGCCCAGGAACCCGCUGGCUAAUAAGGGCUGGGAGGAAGUAGCUAAAGCCAAACUGCAGGAACUUGGUGUUCUAUCCCUUCUAAUUAAAACUUGCGCCAAUAAGUCAUGAUUAAUCUAUUCACUCCAACACCAGAUGAAGAUGUGUGGCAUUCCUGUGUAUCUUUCAGUUCACAGAUGGUUUGGUGCACUGUUGAGAAGGGCACACUCACUCACCUCUUCAUGGCUCCAUCUGUGUGUCCAAACACAUGCUGGUAGCUCCAAGGAGAACCUGUAACACUACUGCUUUUCCACAUCUGUUACCACAAAUGCUGUAAACACAUCUGCUCUGCAACUGCUUUUUCUUCUCUAAAGGUCUGUCUGCAUUACUUCAAGACGAGACUCCUGCUGUGAUCAGAGGCUGCAGCAUGACUUUAAAAUACGGAGCCAGAAAUAUUUCUACACUAAUGACUGUACGGUGCUCAGAGUGUAUGUGUAUUUCCAUAUUGUAUUUUUCUUUGUGCGUAUGACAAGUGCUACAUCUACAACUGAACCCUACAAUUAAAGUUCAUGUGGCCUUAUAUUAAUCAGCUAAUUAAGAUGUGACCGAUGACUUUCCUAUAAAAGGACAGUGUUGCUGUGUUAAUAUCAACGAGGGUCACAAAAUUAGAUCGGAAUAGAAAAGACCAGAAUUUAGUGAAAGUCUAAAUAAUUUUAGCUGGCUGCACAGACAGCUUAUUGUCAUGUUGCACAAAAAAUAUAUUCAUACAGUGAUAAUUACAUGAGCAGAAUCGAUCUGUGAUGCUCUUUAUGACAUGUUUUAUGGCUCUAUUUUAAAUUUUCGUUUAGCUUGGUAUUUUAUGGGUGUGCACACUGACUUUCCAGUUUCAGUUUUGUUUUUAUUUUACUAUUUUUUAUUUUAUUUUAUUUUACUGUUGAAAUAAAUACUGGCUGAUCAAA